CAAAAAUUCAUCUAGUUUCAAAUUCAUCUGACUACUUAUUUAACAUACACUUGAAAAUUGAAAAACAAAUACGAUAGUUUAACCAUCUGGCAAGGCUUGUGCACCAUUUUCCAACACUUAAGGCGCAGAAUGUUUGGACUGCUGCGUUCCCAAUUCCUGUAUAAUGUGAGCAUAUUAAAACGCAGAAUGGCCUACUAUGCAGUUGCACAUGGACGACAGGUUGGCAUUUAUGAUAGCUGGGCGCAAUGUCAGCAACAGGUAAACGGCUUCAAGGGAGCCAUUUACAAGAAGUUCAACACGCGCCAAGAGGCGGAGCAAUUUAUAAAUCCUCCAAUGUAUCAAGUUGCUGCCAAUGGGGUUCCUCGACAGGAGCAUCAGCAGAAUCGGCAUGAGGCAAAGCCCAAAGAUUUUUGGCCCGAAGAUGUUGUCGAACAACAAGAGGUCACGGACGAAGACCUGGCAAGAGUCAUGGAGGAGGUGGAAGGACUGCCCACACAGUCCGGCAGCCGCAAACGCAAAGCACAAACUAAUAGUUCUGGUAAUUACAAAAUUCCGCGGCACAUGUCGAAUGCGGACGAGCCGGUUGCACUCAAAAAAUUUGGUGCCUUUGAGUUUACAAUGAAUGCCGAAGGCUAUGUGAUUGUGUAUACGGAUGGAUCAUGCCUCGGCAAUGGUCGAAAGGACGCAUGCGCCGGCUUCGGCGUCUAUUUUGGCGACAAUCAUCAAUUAAACGCUGCGAAACCCGUGCUGGGGCGGGUGACCAACAAUGUGGGUGAAAUACAGGCUGCCAUAUAUGCAAUUAAAACAGCAUUGGAUUUGGGCAUAACAAAGCUCAGCAUCAACACAGAUUCGCAGUUCUUGAUCAAUUCAAUAACGAAAUGGGUGCCAGGCUGGAAGAAGCGCGGUUGGCGCUUACCCAGUAUGGAACCUGUUAAAAAUGUCGUUGAUUUCAAAGAAUUGGACGAGCUCUUGCAAAAGAACGAAGUUCAAGUAAACUGGAACUACGUCGAGGCGCAUAAAGGCAUUAAGGGUAAUGAAAUGGCUGAUAAACUGGCACGACAGGGCUCGCAAUUAUACAAAGAAUUAAAUUUCAAAAAUUAAAAGACUAUAAAGAAUUAAAUUAGAUUUUAAAUUAA